AUGGCAAGAAGCAAGGAGCAGUUUCUGUGUCUUGGCGAUGAGAUUUGUUUCUUCGACGAGGAUGGCAAUGCACUAAGUGUGGAAGAUCCACUCGAGACGAGAGCCUGUGCCCGACGAGUGGGAGCACCAUUGUUAACCGAGCAGCAACGACAACAACAAGAUCAAACACUGCCUUUGGAAGCUAUUGGAACGCGCAUUUUUCGUAUUGAACCACAACAAUCCUACUCGGAGCGACGUGCUUUGGAACAAUUUAUUGGAAGCGAGGAUGAACGAGACAGCUUGUAUUAUGAAGGAUCACCUGAUGAGCUUAUUGAAUUAAGUGUGCUGGAAGCCAAAGCAGCCAAGGAACGAGCACAGAACGAGACCGAGCGGCGGCGUGUGCAUGGCAAUGCGGUCUUGUAUGGCGAGGUGGUGCAGUUGUACAAUGCUCAUUUUAAAAAGUACCUGACAGUGACUGGUAAACCAUGCCGUUCGGAUGCUUCCCACUUGCAAGUCAAUCUCUCGAAUGAAGUUGUUGGAUACUUUCGUAUUGUGCCACGCUAUCGAAUUCGUGUGGAUGGUGAACCUGUACGACUGGGUGAUACGGUGGCUUUACAAUGCCUUCGUCCUGAGGGAUUUCUUAAUGUUGGAUCACGAGUACUGCAUUCAUCCGCCUUUAAUACGGACUAUUAUGAGGUUUAUACACAUACUCGAAUCGCAUCUUGGACGUUUCGAUGUCAUCGAUCCGCACGUGCUGGUCAUGAUCCGGAAGCUGCAAAGUACAUCAAUUCUGCUCAAUACAUCCGAUUCUAUCAUAAAGAAAUGGAAGCCUAUUUGGAAUCUCCUGUUUUGCAGAGGGACAAACAUGGUGUGCGUUUACGUAAGCAUAUCAUUAAUCCACUUGAUCCCAAAGAGAGUGAUUCGCCAUUGGCAUUUUGGGAGAUUGAGAACGUGAACCCUUCUGAUGGAUCAAAAAUUCAAUGGAAGAAGCCUAUUCGUAUUCGACAUGCUGCGUCACGUGCAUAUCUUCAUAUUGAUCCCAACAGUGUUAGCAUCGACAUGAAUACACAGAAGAUCUCCUAUUCUUUUCGUCUUAUAAGAAAUCCACGCUGUAUCGAUGGCAACGAUGGUACUCUUUUCAAAUUUGUACCUGUCUCGGAUCCCUCUCGAUCAGGUGUCCCAUUUGGUUCUUAUGUCCGUAUUCAACACGUUCUGACAAAAUGUUGGAUGCAUGCUGCCACAGAAACUGAGCUGAGAUCAUCGUCACUUUCACCUACUCCUGUUGCACUUACCUUAACUCCGGAUCCUACGGAUACAACCAAUAAUAGUCAACCAUCACUCUCACAGCAGCAUCAACAACAACAGCAACAGCAACCAACCCGAUUCUUCUCCACCGAUUCUUCAUCUGCAGAUGAUCAGAUACAAUCCUCAACCUCGGCAACCGGUUCUCCAAUAUCCAAGAUAUCGGCUUCGCAAGAAUUUCACUAUCACGACUGCUUCUCCAUCACCCUUGUAGACAAUCAACUCUCGGAUACAUUUAAUAUUGUCAAUGAACUGCUUCCACAAUUGCAAUGCUUUUUAAUGCAAAGCAGACCUGUUUCAGAUGACACGAUCAGUAGCCGAUUCCCUAUAUCAGACGAAGAGCACAUUCUGAUCACUGAUAUCCUGCAAAUACUCAUUGAAUUUUGCACUGACAGCCGUGAGCUUGAUCCAGCAUUGCGUAAUGGCUUGCCUAUUAAAUACCAUCAAUCAUUAUUACGCGAUAUUGGGAUCAUUGAAACUAUUAUUGCCAUGAUCCGCGUUCCAUUCGAUCUAUCCAAGCGAUAUGAGACACGUGCAUCUCUUCAAUGUGGUCCCAGUCACCAGCCUCAACAUCAAACCGAACACGCUGUUUCUGUCGGAGGCUUAUUGGACAAUAGUGAGCCGCACCUCAAAUCAAUAGUCUCACUUUGCUACAAUCUGCUACGUGUGUUUCUGAUUAGCGGUGGCGAAGACGAUGAUUACAACGACCCAAGCAAUGUGGUAGAAAACCAAUGGCACGUGAUCCAUGUUGCUGGUGAUACAGGGGUGGAGCUGUUUAUGCGCCAUCUUACAUGUGGAGUUGGUGCGACUGACCUUUUGGUGCGUUUGAUCUCCAAUAAUUCGGGCAUUGUCGAUUUUCUGUGUAACAUGCGACCUCAACACAAUACAGUGGGUAUUUUAAUCGAUCAAGCCUUUGACAAGUCACGUCGCAUGAUGGGCGAUUGGAGUGGCGAUGAGGACCAGUAUGAAGCUGCUAGCAGUAUUGAACUCUUGAGCACUCUUUGUCGAAAUGACGCUCUCACACAACAUCAUAACUACAUUGCAACCCGCGUAUUUGAUCCAUCAUUUCUCUUGGAAACACGUAUGGAAGAUGGAAGAGUGCGAGUACGCAUCCUGGACCAAGAUGAUGAAGCCUGGCAUAGCUUGACCGAUUUAGUAAUGGAUAAGCCAGCAUUGUCGAACAUGUUACACAGCAUCCUGCAGCUGAUAUGUUCAGUAUCACUUGGCGCUACCCCUAAAGUAGUGGAUUAUGCUCGACAGUGUAUUCCUAAGGAUAUUUGUCUCAAGUGCCUUGGAGAUAUCACAUUACCUGAUCGCAUUCGAGCGAAGUUUUGUGACCUUUUGAGAGUACUUUAUAUUGAUGUCCAACCAUUCAGCAAUGUUAUUCUCUCGGACUUUUCCAUGGAGUAUGAGAAACUUGAUGACUCAGAUGAUUAUCCAGGCUGUGGUAUCGGUCACUCCGAGAGUGAUACUCCCAAGUUUUUUGAACGGCUAAAGCAUUGGCUAUUGGUGUUUCUAGAUGACAAAUGCCAUCAGUUUACAGCGAAUCGAGAUGAAGUUGAAUUUCUUGGUUCCACUCUCAAGAUGGUGCAAACACAAUUGCGACUUGGGUUCUUUACUGACGCAGGCGAUAUGAAACGGCUUUUUCGAGCCUUAAUUCUUGUUUUGGAUGGGCGUACAGACGCAAGGAACGAGGAACAUCUCAAAUCAAUCAAAUCGGACGCGGCACGUCGUUGGAAAGAGCGAUUUAACCUUACCGAAGAGACCCAGCCUGUAAUGAAUACCAAGAUUCUGAUUUUAGAAAUCUUUGAUCUCAUAUACGACUUACGACUUCGCGUGCGUAUGAACAAGCUAGCUUUCAAGUGGAAGAACAUGGAGACCCAAGUCGAUAAUCAGCUACAGCAUUCGCCACGACUUGUGUUGACACAGAUUUUCCAGGAUACGAUGUUACGGCAACGAGAAAACAGCUUGAUGCCAAUUCUCAAGGAUAUCUUAAAGUAUAAGUAUGCUCCUUUAAAGCGGAUUGCAGCCAUUGUCAUGCAUAGAAUCUACAAUGACUCUGAAGACAUGUUCAAUAAGGCACCACAGGUUUUGCUUUUGAGCCAACCUCAGCAAGUCUUUGUUUACCAUGGUGUGAAGAAACGAUUGACUCAAUUACGGUCCCUGUUAUUUGGCGGAGAGCAGUUGGAACCCAACCAGUUACAGAGCAUUGAUCACAUUCUUUACGACUUUAUUGAUCUAUUCCGUGGCAAGACAAUUGACUAUGAUGGUACUAUGGUGGAUCUUGAGGAUAGUGACGCCAGUCAACGUAAUGUGUACAGCAAAAUAUUUACCAACCUGAAUGCCCACGCCAUUGUCAUCGAGUUAUUGCUCAGUCUAAAAGCGGUUGACAAGAAACAUGCAGGCUCGGCAUCAUCCGUGCCAUCAUCGCUUGAUGGGUCUGACGAGGAUUAUAACAACGAUCAUGAGAUGGUGCGUAUCAAUGUUCUCAAAACAUGCCUCGAGUUUUUGCAAGAAUUGAUCAAGCAGGAUAAGGAUUUGCAGAGUCAGUUGGUGCUUUCUAAUGUGGACUUGCUUCUCGAUAUUGGAGGAAUACACCCUACAUUAGCCCGGUCGCUGUACAAUAUCUUUGGAAACAAUUUAUACAUUAGUAUACGUAUUAAGGAGAGGCACAUCAAAAGAAUCCUUGAACAAUCACAUGGCAUACAGAGUGAAUACCUGCAUCUCCUCACUGCACUUAUCAAGGCUCAAGGAAAACUUCUUAAAAAGCACCAGGAUUGUGUUAUGCGACUGAUUAUGGAUAAUCGGGAAUUCUAUGUGCCUUUCAAAUCACCGAGUGAACUUGUUGCCAGCAAGCAGUAUAAUGACUAUUAUGUGGCAUUGGUUGAUCUAUUGGCUGUUUGUGGCCAAGGAGAUAAUGCAUUUGGGCAAUCAUUUGCUCGUACUAUAUUUUGCAUUCAUGACGUUUUCAUCAUUAUCAAGGAUGAUGAUGUGCAUCUAUCACUCAAAGCUUCCAUGCUACGAUUCCUUGCCUCGACCUAUCUCGACAAUCCUGAUGUACUAUCCCACAUAUCAAACAGCGACGACCAGUGUAUUCGCGCUUUGAUGCAGUGGAGCUACGAUGAAAUGUCCGAUUUUGUACGCAGCACAGAGCGCAACGAUAUGGAGACUGAGUACGUUUACAAUGGGAUUCUUGUGUUUUUACGCCCGCUGUUUGAGCACUCGCUGUCUGUUGAGAUGACAGUGGAUGAAAUGUUAUGCGUACUAUGUCCUCGGUUGAUUGAUAAGGCAGUGGAGUUAAUGACGGUACCUGGAUGCAGUGGCAACGAUGAUGACACGGGUCGAAAGAGGUUGCAAACCACGCUUGCUUGUCUGGAUAGUAUGAUUAACGUCGCCGGAUUCCACGGUACUGUAAUCGACCCCACUGAGCUGCGAAGCCGAUUGCGUGCAGCUAUGGUAGAACUCACCAACCAAACGAAGGCUUCAGUGCGACCACUGGAUUCAAUGAAUGCCAAAUUCCAAGGCUUUAUUCGUGCAUUGACGGCACACAAAGAUGUCAAAUCGCUUAUGCAGACUGAGUUUAAACAAUUAGGUUCCCAUUUUAACUUGUCAUCGCGAGGCUCUGACCAGGAUGUCAAAUCGCUUGUUGAAUACUUAUCCAUGACCACCAAUGUCAAGCAUCAUGAUCCCCGGGAAGAAUAUCAAGUCGCGACUAUCAAUCUCCUGGAAGAGAUACCACUUCAAUACAUCAGGGAACGAUCUUCUAUUUCACAUUCCGAUGAUCCCGUACAAUACGAAAUACUUGAGAAGAAAAAGAUCCAUGCACAAAAUACUUUGAACAGGCUUGGCUGUACACUGGUUGCCCAGAAUCUACUGUCCUCUCCACGACGACAAAUCUUUGAGGCUGCUUUGAAAUUGCUGAUUGCAUUACUCGAAGGUGGCAAUAAGAAUGUUCAGGACAAUCUGGAGGACUAUUUCUACAGUAUUAGAGAGGAGCGAUUCUUUUAUUCGUUUCAUCAUCGCCUGCAGAGCGGUAUUGCAUCUCUCAAGGAAGCACAACAACAUUUGCUUCGUGCUGCAUACAAAAUGAAUCGCCAGCAAUCAAUUUUAGGAUCCAAUUUACCGACUAAAAGGCCUAAUGGUAUGGAAAGCAUGAUACCUGCUGCUGUCAGUAGCCGCCGUAAACAACAGCAACAGCAAGAACAGCAAGCGACCAACAAAAAGAAACGUCAGCAUCAACGUCAUCGAUCUUCGCUUGACGUGACUCGGAUGCAUAUGCGUAAACGGCUCCUAGGUCAUCACCACCAAGUGAGCAAGAAUGCUGAAUCAUCACCUAUGGUGUAUCAGAAGAUAUCGAACUUGAUGGCGAGUGAGACAGCUGAAUUUGGAACCACAAGCGAAGAUUUUCAGGGCAUGAAGGAUACGAUGCGCGCAUUACAGUUGAUGGUCGAAGGUCACAAUAUCAACUUGCAACUGUACUUGGCUCGCCAGCCUGACAAUAUCAAGAGUUUCAAUAUCGUGCAGGAUGUAGUCGAGUAUCUACAUACGAUUGUCCCGAUAUGCAACAUUCAAAACGUGCGUCUAAUUAUCCAGGUCUUGGAUACAAUCACAGAAUUGGCUCAAGGCUGCGUUGAAAACCAGCGGACCAUCUUUGCAGGCAAAAUUUUGAAUCCUGCCAACACCAUUUUGCGUGAACGCUAUACCAAUUGUCCUAGCACACUCAUUGAGGAGCUCAAGAGCAAAGUGGUGACAUGUCUGCUAAGUUUACUGGAGGGCGGUAUCGAAAACAGCGAAUCCAUUUUUCGAGAAAUGUCAGGCUCUCUGGAUUUGUCGGUGAUUGUGCAUAAUAUGAACGCCAUCUACGACAAGAAUGCCGAUCAGAUCAAUGCGCCGCACGCCUAUGAGAAACUCAACAGUGGGUUUCAAUAUUGUAUUCUACUAAUGACGCUCUGGCCUGCACUUGAUGAAAACCAACGCACUAUGCUCGACGGUAAUCGUGCUUUUGAGUUUUUCCAGAGCCAUACGGGGAAAAUCGAGGUUGUCAUGGAGAGCCAUCAAGAGAAGCAGCUAUCCCGUGUUCUGUUUCCUAUUCCUGAAGUAUGCAAGUACUUGCGUGAAGAUACCAAGCAACGUUUCCUAUGGAACGUAAAGCGAGAUUCCCCAUCUGCCAAGAUUGAGGACUUUGUACAGUUAUCUGACAACAUUAUAUAUGAAAUCGAGAACCAUGCUAAGGUAGCACGCAGCCAAUACCUUUCAUUCUUGACGGGCUACAGUACAUGGUGGUGGCGUGCGUCGUAUGGCGUAACGCUACUACUCAACCUGCUAAUCCUCAGCUGUUCCGAAAGUAUACUCAUUGUUGACGGGGUGACCAGCGCCUAUUGCAGUCGAUUCAAGAACAUGGCCCGUUUACUGUUGGGUACCUUUCAUUUAUUGUUCUGGACAUUAUCGACGGCCGAAUUCUUUUUUAUCGAGUUGCCAAUUUUGGUGAACCGCCACAAUACGGGGAUCAAGGUAUCUUCCACAGUGAUAAUGCAACCUGGUGCUCGCCAGGCAAAUAGCACUACGAGUAUCAGUGGAAGUAGCAGCAAUAUCACGUCGGCAUUGCUAGGGAAGCUGUCACAGGCUACGGGUGGACUGAUGGAUACACGGUUCAUUGUAGCGAGUCUAUGUGAGCACUCGUUCCUUUACCAUUUGAUCAUGCUCGUUUUUUCUGUGUUUGGAUUAUAUAAUCCAGGUUUCUAUUCGGUGCAUCUUUUGGAUUUUGCAUUCCGUGAUCGUAUUUUGCAAGGUGUCAUUGCCAGUAUUACGCUGAAUGUGAAUUCUAUCACGAGAACGGGCUUGCUUGCUAUUAUUGUGGUAUACAUUCAUAGUGUGAUCGCCUAUAUGUUCUUCCGCUUUGAAUUUGAUAUGACCAAAGGACUUCAUUGCUCUACACUAACAAAGUGUUUUGUCACUGUACUAUCUCAUGGUGUGCGGUCAGGAGGAGGUAUUGGUGAUAUUCUCGAGCCAGAUGCAGCAGAAGAACCCCGUGGAUGGCGUACGGCAUUUGAAAUGUCCUUCUUUUUGCUGGUUGUCGUAUUCUUGUUAAAUGCUAUCUUUGGUAUUAUUUUUGAUACGUUCGGUCAUCUUCGUGACGAGCGCUCUGCUGUGCAGCAUGACAUGAAAGAUUCAUGCUUCAUCUGCAGCAUACCCUCUGUUGAAUUCCAACGUCAUGCGAAAAAAGGAUUUGAUAACCAUGUCAAACAUGAUCACAAUAUAUGGCAGUAUUUGUUCUUUAUGGUGCACCUGAAAAAUAAGGACCGUACGGAAUAUACUGGCCCAGAAUCGUACGUUUCUGAGUGUCUCAAGGAAGCCAACUACAGCUUCUUCCCCAUCAACAGAGCCUUAUGCCUGCACCAAAACGAGGAUGAUGAUGGUGAACGUCUUGAAAAGCUAGAAGAAUUGACACAAUCACUUAUCCAAAAAGUUAAUGCUAUGGAAGAGCAUAUUGAAAAGUUAGCAGAAACGCAGAGCCGUUCACGAUCUAAUAGCUUGAUGUUGUCACCCAUGUAA